UCCUUCUCCUCCUCCGCCCGCAAUAGUUCUCCGCCAGCCUCCUCUCACUCGACACCUGCUUGAGACAAGGUCCGAAUAACGGAUUUAAAAACCGCUAAUAAAAUCUCCAAUAUGUCGUCGGUGCUGCAGAAACUCAUCAGCCCUCUGCCGGGUAGCUCUCCAGAGCCUCCCAGGAACAAAGUGACGGUGGUCGGGGUGGGCCAGGUGGGCAUGGCCUGCGCCGUCAGCAUCCUCCUGCGGGAUCUGUGCGAUGAGCUGGCUCUUGUGGAUGUGAUGGAGGAUCGCCUGAAAGGAGAGGCGAUGGAUCUUCAGCACGGCAGCCUUUUCCUUAAGACCUCCAAAAUAGUUGCAGACAAAGACUAUGCAGUGACUGCCAACUCUCGCUUGGUGGUGGUGACUGCCGGAGUCCGCCAGCAGGAGGGCGAGAGCCGCCUCAAUUUGGUACAGAGGAACGUAAAUGUCUUCAAGUCCAUCAUCCCUCAGAUAAUGAAGCACAGCCCCCAGUGCACUCUCAUCGUUGUCUCCAAUCCUGUGGACAUACUCACCUAUGUGACCUGGAAGCUCAGCGGCCUGCCCAAACACCGCGUGAUCGGCAGCGGCACCAACCUGGACUCUGCCCGCUUUCGCUUCAUGAUGGCCGAACGCCUCGGCAUCCAUGCUAGUUCCUUCAAUGGCUGGGUGCUGGGUGAGCAUGGAGACACCAGUGUGCCUGUGUGGAGUGGUGCAAAUGUCGCCGGGGUCAAUUUGCAGAAGCUGAAUCCUGACAUUGGCAGUGAAGGUGAUAAAGAACAGUGGAAGGCCACACAUAAAGCUGUGGUGGACAGUGCCUAUGAGGUGAUCAAGCUGAAGGGUUACACCAACUGGGCCAUCGGCUUGAGCGUGGCAGACCUGACGGAGAGUAUCGUCAAGAACAUGAGUCGCGUUCAUCCAAUUUCCACCAUGGUCAAGGGCAUGUAUGGCAUCGGGGACGAAGUCUUUCUGUCUCUACCCUGCGUUCUGAAUAACAGCGGCGUGGCCAGCGUGGUCAACAUGACCCUGACAGACGAUGAAGUGGCUCAGCUGAAAAAGAGCGCUGACACUCUCUGGGGCAUCCAGCGGGACCUCAAGGAUGUUUGAGUGCCAUGAGACCAACGUGAUCCAGAGAGAAGCCCGUCAUCAUGCACAAUCUCAUUUUAUUAACUUCCUCUUGGUUCAAACCAUUAUUUUAAAGCAAAAUGUGUUUUUAGAUGGUGUCAUGAAAGCUUUCCUUUCAAAACACAAGCACAACCUAAACUAGUAAAAAACAUUUCAUCUGGAUAGUCGAUCUCAGUGUACUUUAAGCACAACCAAACUGGGUCACAAUUUUUCUGCUCUUUCCCCAGUGUCAAAGAAUCACAACCCCAAUGUCUAGAUGAGAACCCAAAACUCAACAUGUGCAAUUUUCCUUGUAUUUGUAUUAUCAAGCAAAAGUUCUAGAGAACAUUUCGGUCUUUACAAAAAAUUCUGAAUGAGUGUCAGAGAACCCUAAGCACAUCGACUGUUCGUAUCGUAUUGUGUAAUUAAAUCACUAAAUAAAUUACUUUAACCCAUGGACAA